GAGGAAAGCCUGGUCUCUACAAUGUCCGUCUACUCUCUCCUGUUUGCUAUAAUGCUGUUCUCUGAGAUGAGCAGCCACUUAAUCACUGUGGCCAUGCCUGCAGCCGCAGCAGAAGAACAAGAAGGUUUAGGCUCGAUUCUAGCAGAAGAGGACAUGACUGAACGUGCCGCGGUCCCUCAAACGUACAGACGAAGCCUCCCAAAUGACGGGACGUCCAGAAUCAUCGUCAUACCGGACAUGAAGAUGAAGGGUCACAGCAUUCGUGGGCUAAACUUGGAACUGACCCAGAGCCAUCCUCUGAUCACAGAACGAAGCUUGGACAACGCACUUGAUGAAUUUACUUUUAAAAUAAAUAAACGAGAAAAAGACCUCGACAUGCUGCGAUGUAUGAUCGGAAGAGUAUACCGACCAUGUUGGGAAGUUUGAGUGGUUCUUGAAAACGCUGUGAAAGUUACUGCUCAAGACCAAAACACGUCCUUUUUUCUCCAUAAAAUAAAUAAAAAGAU